ACCGUCAGUCCAUUCCUACAAAUCCGGACCUGUUUUUGCGGCUGCACUUCUCGGCUCCGGUCAGUUACGAGUCUGGAGCUUUUGAAUGGGAGUCUUGCAGUGAAACAGUAAACACUGCUUUACAUGAACUGGCCAUAGGAAGGAGAACCCUGAAAACGCUAUCUAGUACCAGAGGACAUUACACACACACACACACACACACACACACACACACACACACACACACACACACACACACACACAAUGUUUCAAUGAAAAGAGUCAAGACAACUUUUGCAACCAAAGCGGAAUUAUAACCAAACUCUGAAAUAUUCCAUUCACCAUCAUUUCUGGAUUCCAUCAUGAGUUACAGGAAGAUGGACAGGCAUGGAAGUCCACAGUAUUGCCGUCAUUUUCUGGCUGACAACAGCAUCUUCCAUGUGGAGCGAUGCAUGAGUGUGAUGCAGUCAGGGACUCAGAUGGUGAAGCUGAAGAACGGUUCUAAAGGUCUCGUCCGGCUCUUCUAUCUGGAUGAACACCGCUCCUGCAUCCGCUGGAGACCAUCUCGCAAGAGCGAGAAAGCCAAGAUCACCAUCGAUUCUCUGUACAAGGUCACAGAAGGUCGUCAAUCUGACAUAUUCCAUCGCCAUGCGGAGGGGACCUUUGAUCCAAACUGUUGUUUCACUAUAUAUCACGGCAACCACAUGGAAUCUCUGGACUUGGUUACAUCUAAUGCAGAGGAAGCGCGGACAUGGGUGACAGGACUCAGAUAUCUGAUGGCUGGUAUCAGUGAUGAAGAUUCAUUAGCAAAGAGACAGCGCACACAUGACCAAUGGAUGAAGCAGACCUUCGAGGAGGCUGAUAAGAAUGGAGAUGGUUUUCUGAACAUUGAGGAGAUCUACCAGCUUUUACACAAGAUGAACGUCAACUUGCCUCGCAGGAAAGUCAAACAGAUGUUUCAGGAAGCAGAUACUGAUGACCAGCAGGGCACAUUGACGUUUGAGGAGUUCACCGUCUUCUAUAAGAUGAUGUCACUAAGACGAGAUCUCUUCCUGUUGCUCAUGUGCUUUAGUGAGAAGAAGGAUCACCUGACCGCAGAGGAACUUGGCAACUUUCUGCGUAUGGAGCAAAAGAUGUCCAAUGUGUCCCUAGAGUACUGUCUGGACAUAAUCAACAAGUUUGAAGUCUCUGAGGAGAACAAGCAGAAAGGAGUUCUUGGAAUUGAUGGCUUCACCAACUACAUGCGCAGCCCUGUCUGUGAUGUGUUCAACCCUCAACACAACGAGGUUAAUCAGGACAUGGAUCAGCCUCUGUGUAACUAUUUCAUAGCAUCUUCCCACAACACCUAUCUGACCGGAGACCAGCUGCUGUCCCACUCCAAGACGGACAUGUAUGCCUGGGUGCUGCAGGCCGGCUGCCGCUGUGUGGAGGUGGACUGUUGGGACGGUCCAGACGGGGAGCCCAUGGUCCAGCACGGCUACACUCUCACCUCUAAGAUCACCUUUAAAUCUGUCAUUGAGACCAUCAACAAAUAUGCCUUUGUAAACAAUGAGUUCCCAGUGAUCCUGUCCAUAGAGAAUCACUGCAGCAUUCAGCAGCAGAAGAAGAUAGCACAGCAUCUGAAAGAGAUCUUCAGGGACAAGCUGGAUGUGGUGGAGGCCCUGAACAAAGACCCCAAGCAGCUUCCCAGCCCGAACAGCCUUAAGGGCAAGAUACUCAUAAAGGGGAAGCGGCUUCCUUCGUACCUUUCUGCAGAUGCUGAAGAGGGUGAGGUGUCUGAUGAUGACAGUGCUGAUGAGAUUGAAGAUGACUUCAAGCUGAAGAAUAGCACGUCAAAUGGGCCGAGUCAGCACCAGGUGGAAUCGCACAUGAGGGAGAAACUCGACUCUCUGAUGAAAGAGUCUCAGAUCGGGGACAAAGAGGACACUGACAGCUUCUCCAUCAGAGCGCUUCUCCGUGCAACCCACGAGGGCUUGCAAAGAAACCUGCGCAAGAAUUCCAAAGAUGGCAUGAAGAAAUCUCAGAGUCGGUCCUUCAUCAGCAACCUCAAGCACAAGAGGCAUUCCAAAUCAAGGCUGAAUUGUCAGAGUGUUGAAACAGAUGAUGACGGGCAGCAGGAGACAUCAGGAGGACAGUUCAACAGAGGUGGACGAAGGAGGAAAACAAUAAAGCUGAGUAGAGAUCUAUCAGAACUUGUGGUCUUCACCAACUCUGUUGCCUCUCAAGAGUGUUUAGAUGAGGGAUCACCCUGUAAUGUCCUGUCGUUUAGCGAGACACGAGCUCAGCACCUGGUUCACCAUCGAGCUGAACGCUUCCUGACUUUCAACCAGAGGCAGCUCUCUCGGAUCUAUCCCUCCGCCUACCGGAUUGACUCCAGCAACUUCAACCCACAGACGUACUGGAAUGUGGGCUGCCAGCUAGUGGCUCUGAACUACCAGACGGAGGGCCGUAUGAUGCAGUUGAACAGAGCCAAGUUCAUGGUGAAUGGUGGCAGUGGCUAUGUGCUCAAACCUGGCCCGAUGUGUAAAGGCUCCUUCAAUCCACUGCAUGAUGAUCCACUCCCUGCAAAUCCUAAGAAACAGCUGGUGAUAAAAAUCAUCAGUGGACAGCAGCUGCCCAAACCUCCUGAUUCAAUGCUGGGAGACCGCGGUGAGAUCAUUGAUCCCUUUGUGGAGGUGGAGAUCAUUGGUAUUCCAGUGGACUGCUGUAAAGAACAAACCAGGGUCGUGGAUGAUAAUGGAUUUAACCCUGUAUGGGAAGAAACCCUCUCCUUUACGCUACAAAUGCCUGAGGUGGCUCUGGUGCGCUUCCUGGUCUGGGAUCAUGACCCCAUUGGACGAGAUUUUGUGGGCCAGAGAACUGUAGCUUUUAGCAGUCUCAUGACAGGAUAUAGACACGUUUAUUUGGAGGGAAUGACAGAGGCAUCCAUUUUUGUCCAUAUCACAGUGCAUGAAAUCUAUGGAAAGUGGAGUCCUUUAGUCCUCAACCCAAGCUAUACCAUAAUGCACUUGCUAGGAGCUAAUAAGGGUCGUCAGUUGCGGGGUUUCAGAGGCUUAUUUAAUAAAAGUUCCAAGUCCUCAGUGGAUACGCAUAUUGGUGUUCCACCGCGGAAACGAUCCAUAACUGACCACCUUCUCCGGAGGACCGCUAGUGCUCCUGCCAAAGGCCGCAAAAAGACCAAGAUGCCAUUGGCUGAAGCUGUAUACGACAGAAAGCACAGCGCUGGGGACUCUCAACCUACAUAUUUAGAGAGGAGAGCAGGGAACAGAAAAGCUCUCCAACACCGCCCAGCCUCCAUGCCCUUGGAGAAACUCCUACAAAGUCACCUCAACCUGCCCUCCCCAGAGCAGGAGGGGCGUGAUCCCGGGGCUGACACAAUCAUUGAUUCCUUCAACCACAAGAAGCCCAGAUCCAUCUCAAUGGAUAUUCUCAUUGAAACUUCUGCCUUUAAAGACCCUGAUGCCCAUGCCCUUUCUGCUGACCACAUUUGGGACUGUAACACUAAGCCCGAUGAUACAAAUGAGACUCCUUACCUGGUCACUGAGGGCAGUAGGGAACAUGUGGGUGAUCUUCACAAACAACACUCAAGAGAUGGUCUCACUGAUAAAUUAUGCUCUUCCAAAGGGCCAGCUGGCCAAAGUUCAUGUCCUUCAGAACGAUGUGAUUGUGGUGUUAGCUUGCGGACUGAAGGAAGUCAAAGAGAAUCAAACCAAUCAGAAUCUCUUAGAAAGAAUGUGUUAACACCAAAGGCAGCAACGUAUUCCUCGUCCUCCUCUUCAUCCACUUCUUCAAGCAGCUGUCCCAAGACUCCCCCUCUGCCUGGAAUUAACCAGCCUGAUCAAAUGAGUCAAGUGUCCCUCCAAGACAGCGCUCUCUCUCGCCUUAUUGAUGCUGUCUCACUGGGAAAUGAGUAUGACACUUGUGGGUCAAUAUCUGCUAUGAUUGGCCAGUUUGAGGAUACUGCUGAGCAGAGCACCCUUAAUCUAUUUUCGAACUUACAACAUCUGAAACAUCCUCUUUUCAACAAUGAGCUUUCUAGUACUCCAUUAAAAGUCAUUAAAGAAUCUGCCUGCACAGCCUCAGAGCUAGCUGACAGACCCUCUAGUCCUGAAACCACUGAACCUGAGGUCUUUACCAUCCUGGAUGAGGAGGUGCUUUCUCCUGUGUCUGCACACAGCUGUUGUUCAAAGAACUUCCAAGAUGACUUAGUUGGCUCAGUGGUCAGCAAGGGAUCCUCCCCCAUCAAGGCGCCUUUAGAAUGUUCUUCAGGACGAAAUGUGAGCUUGGCAUUAAACAGAAAGCAAGGCUAUAGUAGCCAGUGCCAUUCCACUGGCUCCUUAAGGGACUUUGAAUCUGGAGGUUACAGAGAAACCUCAGUCAACAGCACAGUCUCAGACCGCUUCUUGCUGUGCCAGGACUCAGCAAGCAGCAGCUUGAUGGAGGUGGAAAUCAAUGUAGAUGGGGAUCCCUUAGACAACACACUGACCUCUUUGAGUCAGGGCCGUCAAUGGUGCAAUGACUUCAGAAAUGUUCAAGGCUCAAACCAGAGCUCUCCCUAUCAUGUGCUAAGACUGGAACCAUCCUCUCUCCACAAACCCUCAUACCAUCCUUCUCCUGUUCAUUCUUACUCCACGGACACAUCACCCUUUUACAGACACUACCAAUCUCCGUCAGCACACCGAAGUCAGAUUUAUACUACUAUCAGUCAAAGCAGCCAUCCUAUUAGCAAAUCCCAAUCAAGGAACUUUAACUGUUAUAAUGAUAUAGGUCAAUUUCCACGUGGUUGUAACAGGAUAGAUAACACAGAGGAAAGGGAUCAGAAGACAAGAGACAACAAUGACCUGAUUCGCAGGUCAGAACACUUGAAAAAAAGCUCUUUGUCCUCAGAAUGUCUUGCAAGGACUCAAGCAAAACAUACAUCAUUAGAUAGGGACUUGUAUACUCCUAUAUCAGACUAUGACAUGAUUUACAGCUCUGUUCAAUUGGAACAUUGCACAGCCCCUCCAAACCUAUAUUCCCAGCCAUCUCCACACAAUCAGGACUUUCCUAUACCUCCUCAAAUCCUCAAUGGGCUGUCCCCAGCCUCCUCUUCAAAAGUCUCCAAUCACUUCAAGUCCAAAAGCCUAGGAGACCUGACCUCUGAGGACAUAUCAUGUAACUUUCAGAGCAAGUACAAGUCCAUCAGCCGAAGUUUUUUCACUCCCACAAUGCAAGACCAAAGAUGGACGUGUGGCUUGGACAGUCGACCAAAGUCUGCUGAUCCCUUAACUGAGCAGCUUCGCAAGCUUGUGAAUUUGGAACAUGAGGACUAUCCAUGUUCCUUCCCCUCUUGUUCUCAGCCCACCCCUAAACCUCUGCCAGUGCUCCCUCUUGUUUCUCAGAGUUUUACAGAUGACCCUGAGGACCCUCCGCCAUUCCUGUCAAGGCGGCUUUCCUCCCGCAGUCAAAGUCGUGUGCGUCAUAUAGCCAAUCGGGCACGUGAGAGACAGCAGGAGGCCUUCAAACACUGCCGCAUUGAAGGAUCCACGGAAGUAGUGCUUCGCAAUAAGCUGGUCUCUCAUCAAAAUCCUCCACCAAACCGGCAUUCUACAGGUUCUUAUAUCGUUGGUUAUCUAGACCAGCUAGGUCUUGAGGACCGAGGCUUGCCUGAAGGAGCCUGCACUACGAUGCGCUAUGGAUAUGGAGAUUGCUACUAUGCUGAUGAUUCUGUGCUCCCUCCUGACUUCUCCAGCCCAUCAGAACCAGAGGUCUACUUCCUACUUAGGCUUUGACUGUGCAUCUCUCCCACUGUUUUUGACUGUGCAUGUGUUUCCCAGUAACAGUCUAAACUAUAUGUAGCAGGACAUACUUCUAGAAAUGUGUACAUAUACUGUAUAUCACGGUAGGUGGUUUCCCGCUCCUACACGUACUACCCCUGCUGUAUCAAAUGGAUUAAUUUCUGUAUAUGUUGUCCCUAUUAUGCUUGGAAUAAUCUAUUGUUCAAAGUGUGUGUUGUCUUUAGGUGAAAAAGAAAUAUGAAGAAAAAAAGAAAAUUAAGCAAUUAGAAUGGAUAUUUCUUGGACACAUUUCUGUUGUUAUCUGCUAUAUGUCCUUUUUUUGUAGUACAACAAGGUCAUGAAGGGGCUUCUCUUUUUAUUCAGUCUUCCUGCAUAUCAUAUGUUAUUUUUUAUGUCUCUAUAGUUUGUACAUAAAAUGGGCUCUAUUUUCAUGACCACACAAGGCACAGCGCUACGCGCAGUGACUGUGCGUUGUGUCUUAUCCAAUUUUCGCGAGAGCACUAAUUCUAUGCGCAGGACAAUUUUCGUGCCAGAGCAAAGUGCAAGUGGCCAUGGUUAGAACUGCUUGUGUAUACGCGCAAACGUGGAUGGAUUUAAUUAAUUAAUUAAUUAAAUUAUUUAAUUUACAUUGCAUGUUAAUGCAGUGGUGCAAGUGCAAUUUGAUAGUUUCCUGAGAAAUAGGUCAUUGCGAUAAGAUGUCUGAGAACCACAUCUAUUCUUGGAGCAAAGUCUAAACUCAGUUCCUGCAUUUACAGUGGUAAUAAAGUAAUAAAUGUCCAAACUCUGAAAAUACAUUGGAACAUCAAAUUAUGUCCCUGGCAAUCACUGUUAAUACUAGCCAUGAUUUGUGUGUCAGUAGAUCAAUAUGAUUAAUUAUACUUUCAUUCUCUGUAUGGAGCCUACAUCCAAUUAGUCUUGACAAGCACCACAUUUUCCUUGCGUUUAAAGCUUGUAUAACAGAAACCUGUCACUGUCAUAGAGAUAUGCCUGACAUUCAACAAAGACGCACUUAAUGAGCAAAUUAAUGUAAGUCCAUAUUUCUAUUCUUCUAAUGCAGGGGUCGGGAACCUUUUUUCACUAAGGAGCCAAUUUUUUUAUUUUUGGUUGAUGCAUUUUUUCGAAAGAGCCAUAGCACAAAUGAAUAAUUUACUAUUUUCAAAAAUAAAGUUUUUCAAUAAAAUAAAAUGUUUAUAUUGCCCAUAGACUACUCAAAAACACAAAAACAAACAAAUAUGCAAAAUAUAUAUGUAACAUGUUGCAAUAUGGAAUUGAGUACACGUGUUUGUGCGGGUUUCCAUAAAAUUACUUCAUUUUACACUUGUUCAUGAAAAAUUUUACUUCCCAACAAACACAUUCAAUAAGAACACACAUUUGGCAGCAUUUUUUGGGAACACAAGGGAAUUUAUUAGGCUUAUUUAUUAUGAUGAUUAUUAUAAUUAUCUUUACAUCUAUAAUUGUCUUUAGUUCUUAAUCUGUAGGCUAUACAUUUUUCACCUGGUGUCACUUUUGGGCUGGGCGAUAUGUAAAAAAUAUUUUAACGAUAAUCACCUUUAAAAUAUUGCGAUAUCUGAUUAUAUGUUCAACCCCCCUGCCAAGUGUCGGUGAAUAUUUUUGCUUUAUUGAUUUUGCUUAAAUUAAUUACAUUUUUAAUUGAAACAUGAAAAACUUAAACAAAAAGACAUUUCUAAAUUCAAAUUGCACUUUAAACUAAAUGAAAAAAGCAAUUAAAUAUUUACAAGCAAUUAUAUUUAAAAAUCUUAAAUAUAACCACCUCCCCAAAUCCAAACAUUUACCGUCUCCAACGGCCCCAUUUGCCAUCAUGCAAGCAUCCGUCAAUGACACCAGGUGAAAAAUUACUAAUAGCCUACAGAUUAA